AUGAUAGAUGCCAAGGAAAACCAGAUUGAUGAUGCUAAUUUGUUUCUAAGAUUUAUAAGGUUGAAGCUCACAUUGAAAGGAUUGGAUCAGUUAUUGUUGUGGCUGUUGGAUACCUUAACAACUAUCGACUUAUCCUCCAACAGAUUCUCUGGGAGUAUUCCACCUUCUCUAGGAAAUCUUAACACUCUUAGAUUCUUGAAUUUGUCUCGCAAUACCCUCGGAGGGCAUAUACCGUCAUCUCUUGGACGCAUGAGUUUGCUUGAGUCGUUGGACUUGUCUUCAAACAAACUGGAUGGAGAAAUUCCAAGUGGAUUGGCGAGGUUAACAUUUCUUGCAAAGUUAAAUCUUUCGAUGAAUAAUCUCGAGGGACAGAUACCACAAUCUACUCAACUUUCCACAUUUGGUAACGAAUCAUAUGUGGGAAAUGUAGGAUUGUGCGGAUUUCCAUUGACAAAAAAAUGUGAGGGGAGUGAUGGAAAACCAGUAUUUCCUCAAGACUAA